CAAAGCAGAGAUUGUCGCAGAAGAUAUUCGGCAUUUAUUCAGAAACUGCAUCCGCCUGAGCAAGUAUGAACGUCUACCAGGCCAUUUUCCUUCUUGGGGUCGUUGUGAUUGGAACUUCUGCUCGGGAAAACACUUGUGCCACCACUGAGAUAUGUUACGACCCUGCUACAUCAAGAAUGAAAGCUGAAUGGAGUGGAAUCAAUUUUGGGCUUGAGCCAAAGAACCCACCUCCAGGGCCACCCGGCCCAAGGGGAGAUAAAGGAAUAAGAGGGCCGCGUGGUUUUAGAGGGGACAAUGGGAAAGAUGGAAAAGCGGGAGUCCCUGGAGAUAUCGGCCCACCAGGGCCACCCGGUGCCCCAGGAGAAAGUCCGAGUGAUGAAGACAUAAUAACGAUGGUCUCGAAUGUUUUGGCAGCGAUGCCUCUGUCCGAACCAGAAGAAGAUAUCACAGUUAAUGCUACUGUAGAAGCACGCAUUGCAAAGUUGGAAAAACAGAUGCGAACUCUUAUUCGCGAGAAUGUACCAGGAGAAAAACCAAGUACAAAGCCAGGAGUCGGACCAUUUCAACCUGAAAAGAAAAUUGACAUAUUUGGUUGGGUGAGCGCCCCAAAUGGGUAUCAGUACUGGAUUAGUGGGAACGUGAAUUACGAAGGAGCAAAGACGGUUUGCGGCGAAAAAUUAGCUUCAGUCGCCACUGUUGGUAUUAGAGAUCAAAAAACUCGAAAAUAUCUAAUUGAAAAUCUCAUCAAGAAACGAGCGGUCGCAGUAUGGAUUGGUUUGGAUGACCUGAAGGAAGAAGGGGAGUGGAUGUGGCAAGAUGGUGUACUGUCAACAUCAUUUAAUACUGACUGGUUUGAUGGACAACCAGACGAUUAUCAACAACGAGAAGAUUGUGCAGUUAUUCAAGAUAGAAAUGGAAAGAUACAUGAUAGUAGAUGUACAUAUGACCAAAGAGCUUUGUGUGAAAGAUAAACUAUUUGUCACAUAAAGUUUUAAACCACAUCUCUACCCCUGCGAAUUCGUUAUUGCCACAUAAAUUGCUUCGUUUUUUGACUGGGCCUAAUUGCCGUUAAAUUAACAAACACAACUCAAUGAAUCGGCUCAUUCUCAUUAGAGUUCUAGAUAUAGCACAACAUAUUAUAGUCAUACUGCAUGAAAAGUUAUGAACAAAAAUAAAAAAAUAUUAUAUAACCAUUUGUAUGCGUGUUAUGU